AUGGUGAACGAUGAUUCCAAAGACGAUGUUGAAGGUGUAAUACCUCCAAUUUCAACAUACACACCGCCGUCUCACAUGUCGAACAUUGACAUGGCCGAUGAUGAACCCUCAUCAGACAUAUUCCACAACGUCUGUAUGCAGUCAGAUGCAACUUUAAAAGAAAAAGAUAGUUUUCGUCCGAAGGAUGAGUGCAUGCGAGCAAUAAAAAAGUUCCACAUGUUAAACUCUGUGGAUUUUAAAGUGGACCAAACAAAUGUAGAACGGUACAAAAUCAAAUGUACCAAUACUAAGUGUUUGUUCAAGCUCACUGCUUCAUACAGGUUGAGAAGUGAUUCAUGGGUGAUAGGCAAAAUUUCUCAACCUCACACUUGCAUCAACUCUUCUCGCUCGCAAGAUCAUCGUAAGUUAAGUUACGAUCUGAUAUGUCAAGAAAUCUUACCUCUCAUCAACAAUGAUCCAUCGUUGAAGGUGAGAACAAUAAUUUCUCACAUCACUAAAGUAUACAACUAUACGCAGGCGAUUGAACAAGUAUACGGUAAUUGGGAGGAAUCAUACAAAGAGUUACCCCGCUACUUAAAUGCACUCUGCACUUAUGCGCCUGGUACUGUUUAUGAGAUGGAAACAUUUCCCGCGUAUGCCCCAAAUGGUACUCUUGUCAGCGGAAAUGGAAUAUUUCGUCGUCUAUUCUGGGCCUUCCAACCUUGCAUCAGAGGGUUUGCGUUCUGCAAACCUAUUAUUCAAAUAGAUGGAACGUGGUUGUACGGAAAAUACAAAGGCACCUUACUGAUGGCAGUCGCACAAGACGGAAACAACAACGUCUUCCCAAUUGCAUUCGCUCUAGUCGAGGGAGAGACCGGUGGAGGUUGGAGUUUCUUUCUCAAAAAUCUCAGAACACACGUGGCUCCACAAGCUGGUCUCUGUUUGAUCUCUAAUAGACAUGCUUCUAUUGUGAGUGCAUACAAUAACCCGGCUAAUGGGUAUGCAUUAACUCAACCAUCUUUCAAACAUUACUGUAGAGAGAUCAGACUGUCAAAUCUAGAUGCAGGUACUUGGAAUGAUAAUAUUUCAGUGGAGAAGUGGACUAGGUCAUACGACAAUGGACAUCGAUGGGGACACAUGACAACAAAUCUUGUUGAAUCAAUGAACGGUGUCUUCAAAGGCAUACGCCACCUCCCUGUAACCGCUUUGGUAAAAUCAACAUAUUUUAGGAUGGCUUCAUUGUUUGCACAAAGAGGUGAAAGGUGGGACGCUGUGUUAUGA